CAACCAUAACGUGGUGUGAUGUGCUCAGGCUUACUUUAUUUGUAAAUUUACGAAUAAGAAAACGGGUUCGAGUUUUUUCAGAGAAAUGGCACGCGAAUUUUGCCUUAUUGGUGUGCUGAUGAUGGCGGCGACGGCGGUGGGCCUGAAAGCUGAUCCAAGUGCAAUGGCAGAGCUUGAGGGCGCAAACAUGGAAAGCCUUUCGCUGCAAGACGAUAUAUACAACAGCCUUGUCGUAGCCGUUGGUGGAGCCCCGGCGGAAAAUGUUUCUGAAUUUCUUAUGAAUUUAAUAAGUGUGGUAAAGGAAGCUUCAGUCGCUCUUGCCGAAGCGACCGAUGACCGGAUUGAGUUUCGAAAUAUGACAGUCCUUUUUCCCGAACACUGGGAAAUUCCACCGACGAUUUCACAAAUCUACACAGUCGAGAACGUGUACCUGGCGAGAGCCAAGGGCCCUCAUCUGGUGGUGGCCGACGAGCACCCGGUUAUCGCGGCGCGGGCGUGGACUCAGCACCGCCUGCCUUGCGGCCAUCCCGGGGAUUUCAUCUUCCUGGAUAGAACCUUCCUGAACGCCAGCUCCGAUUCCCGAAGAGGAAAGAAGCUCGCGCAGGAGUGGGCGAAGUACCGCUGGGGCGUCUUCGAGGAGCACGGGUAUAAGGCCGACCCUCUCUACCCUUUCAGAAGAGAAGGCUCAGAAGCAGGAAAGGAGGAGAAUAAUCUAUGCCUGGACAACGGGAACUGGCUAACAUCAACGUCUUCUCUUCUAUCUCUGGCGGACAACCACGGGGACGAUGAAUGGAAAAACAUCAACCUGUUCUGUGACUCGGAGAAUCAUGUAUUCACUGAGUCUCGCCACAAUAACCUUUGUCGGGGAAAAAGUGCGUGGGAGAUCAUGAAAAAUCAUGCAGAUUUUGUUGAUGCCAAAGACCAUUCCAGCGAACCAUCCGGUGAAUUAAACAUUAACGUGGAGCAUUUACGGCGAGAGUAUAUUGUCCUCCUGGUGGAAUACACAGACGACAUGCUGAGCGUGCAUAAUAAGUGGGAGUACCUGCGGGACAGUCUGAUUCAGUACCUGCUUCAUGAUCUCGCGUGGGGAACAAAGGUGUGGGUGAUGGUUUUCAACACCGACGUCCAUCUGGUUGCUGAGGUCACGCUCACCUCCGGCGGCGCGCGCCAGGCUGCGGCCGAAGCGCUGCGCCAGUUCGGGAACGAGACCUUGUCCGGGAAAUGCCGCGACCUGCAGAUGGCUAUUGGAGAGGCAGCCGCGGUGUUAUACUCCAACAAGUUGGCACGUGACCACGGCAAGAUCAUUUUGAUCACGCAGCCUCCGGAGUUCGGCUCUUCUACAGAGUUCUUCUGUCGCGAGAUGAACGCCGUCGACCUCGGCUCGGCUCAGAGCGGCCGACAAGUGAUGUCGAUCCUGUACACCAGUAACACAAACUCAAAUACCACCUGGUACGAGAGAAUGGCGUUGAAUCCCCCGGGAAAGGUUCUGGCCGUGGACGAAGAAGACACAUCUUCCGUCGUCACGCUGUCUAUGAAGACGAUACUGCUAGAACACCUGUGGGAACUGGACAUGGCCUCUUCUCACCAUGAACUCACGCUGGACGAAGAGCCUGGCUGUGUAUAUAACUUCAAUAUAGGGGACGGACUUCCACCUUUCCCAGCUGAGGGGUUCCUUGUUAUUCACCAUGAAAGUGUUUCCUCUGUGACGGUUUUCCUUCGCAAUACUGAGGGCGACCAAACCCCUUUGCUCGGCCAGCCGGAGCUCCUAAACACAGCUGAUCUGUUCCCGGUUUUGUUUACCAUUCCAGGACCUUGGAAUUUCACAUUGGAGUCCACAGAGGAAGACUGCACACAGCUGUCCCCCCAAGUGUUUGUGAAUAGAAAAUCGGGUUUUGCUGACGUGCUGGAUAUGGGCGCCCUCGCCAACCUAGCUGAGCCUGUGUCGGAUGAACCAAACUUGGUUCGGCAAGGUACAGUGGGACACCCGUCUGCCUUGUCACGUUGGCCAGGACUAAGUGCGACAGCGGCGGGGAGUCUGUUGAAAGAGGACGCCGUGGAGGUGGACGUCCGGGUGUCCGCGCCUCUGCAGGACGUCGCACUCGGGGACACUUCUGACCCUGUGGUGAUGACGGCCAGGGUGACCAAGGACGGGAAGGCAGUCCUAGGCGCCGUCGUGGUCGCAACGGUGAGGGAGUGCAGCCUCGACGACGAAGGCGGCGGCGCCGACUGCGAGACCACGAUCCCUCUGUUUGACAACGGCAGCGGAGCCCCCGACGCCACCGGAGGCGACGGCGUGUAUUCGGCGUACUGGCACUUCCCCGGGGGCAGCGCCUUCCCCCUCGCCGUCGCCGCCGUCGUCACAGCCUCGGCGGGAGGGAACGCCACUGUGCUCGAGGCUCCUGUCGCCGAAUGCUGUCCAUCGACUCUGCCACGAGGUAACGUAACGGCGCUGGGGAGCUUCGAGGCGAGUCGCGCCGUGAGGGCGAGGGUGACGAGCGGUGGGACGCUGCCCCCCGCGAGGGUGUCGGAUCUGAUGGUGACUUGCUCUGCCUUGAACUCCACGAGCGGCAAAGUCAGCGUCAGGUUCAUGUCACCCUUCCUAUUAAAAACACCAACAGGACAGAGCUACGACAUCUGGUUCUCUACCAGUGCUGACCUCAACACGACCGAACAUCCUAACCUCCAGGAAUGGUGGCAUGGCUCACCCGGCGAUCCCAUCGAGCAGACCAUCUCGCUGCAGUGUGGCUCCACGUUCUUCUUCCUCGUGGCGGGCACGUCGGGCAAUUUCGUGGGGGAGGACUCCAACCUGGCGCGGGCCUUCUGUCCCUGCGCGCCGGACAGCGGCUCGCCCGUCGUCGCCAUCGUCCUAGGCGUCGUCGGAGGCAUUGCGCUCGUGGCGGCGAUUGCGCUCUCACUCUUCUACCGCGACAAAAUAUCGCAGGUUAUGCAAACACAUUGCAAAAAGAAGCCAAAUCGCGUUGACGUGCCAAAUCGCGUUGACGUGCCAAAUCGCAUUGACAUGCCAAAUCGCGUUGACGAGCCAAAGGAAGAGCCAAUUUACGCUGACAUUGACGAGUUCGCCCUGAGCACUGCGCCUACGCCAGAUCAUCCGCCCACCUCGUCUCCGCAGUCCGAGGCCGUCUACGUCAAUACGCAAAUUUAGGGCAAAGGAAAUAGAGGGGAGAUGAAGGGACGGGCGAUUACACUGUAGUAUAUGUGUGCGAGCGCGCGUGUAUGUGAGUGCAAGCCAUUGAGAGCCACGCCAGGCCCCGUAACAGCAUAAUGCAGACGCUGAAGUUAAAUCAAAAGGUUUUAAUAUGAUGAAAUUCUGCGGUUUGCUUCGUGGUGAAAAAUACUCACUAACAAGUAUUGACGAGUGCAAAGAUAUCGACAAUAAUGAAUGGAAAAACAAUGCUUUAUUUCUACGCCAAGCCCCGGGUCCCCCUUCCUUCUUGGACGUCCUGAGUAUGUGUAUGUUCAUAGGAAUGUGUCUUUGUGUAUCCAUACGUGUAUGUGUAUUCCUUGUGUUUGUGUGGAUUUGUAUCCGUCCGCAAGUGUCUGUGUAUUUUUCUUCGCCUUAGUUAAGUGGUCAGCCGCUUUUUCAUGUUGUUUCAUUAGAACCUAACCUCUGCAGGUCCUACCUCUAGGUUCAGUUACUUCACGUCCCUCUCUAAACCAUCUCUCUAAAUCUGUCUCCCUCUCGAUCUCCUCUCAUCCAAGCGUCUGUUUAAUGCCUCCUCCACCGUCCAUCCAUGUGGUCGUACCUUGGGCAAGCCCCUCUCGCCUUUUUCCAUGGUCGACGCCGCCCCAGCCUGCGCUCUCAUGUCCAAGGUCUGUAUCAGUAUAUACGUGACGAGACGCAGCCUGCGCUCGUGUGCUCUCCAGGAUACGCUCGUCAGCCGCCGUAGACUCUCAUCUACGCUCUCAUUUGCUGUCUCUCACUACACGUUACCAUUCAUAUGAUCUUACAAUGUUUCAAAUGUAUAUACAUACACACAUACACACACACAUUUAUAUAUAUAUAUAUAUAUAUAUAUAUAUAUAUAUAUAUAUAUAUAUAUAUAUAUAUAUAUAUAUAUAUAUAUAUAUAUAUAUAUAUAACGCGCACACACACACACACACACACACAUACACACAUACACACAUACACUGAAAGAGAGAGAGAGAGAGAGAGAGAGAGAGAGAGAGAGAGAGAGAGAGAGAGAGAGAGAGAGAGAGAGAGAGAGAGAGAGAGAGAGAGAGAGAGAGAGAGA